AUGGAUAAUACAGCGACUAAUCCUCAAUCGAUCACAAUCAGUCCUUAUCAAAGUUCAUCGCAUUCUAUUCGGCCAUCCUCCUAUUAUGAAACCCCAUCGUCAUCAUCAUCAUCUAAACGAUAUGCAUCACUUCACCGGUUGAAGAACACCGCUGUCAUUCGUCGUACAAGUAGCACUAACAGUAGGAGUAGAAGUAGAAACUGGCAGCAAAGUCCUAAUAAACUUGUAUCGACCAACUCACUGUCACACAAUCGCUUACUCAAUGCUCCUAGACCUGCAUUAGAAAUCAAUAAGGAGAAUAUAUUAUUCGUCAAAAAUCACCAUUACUAUCAUGAUUUCAGUAGUAAACUACAAGCGAAUUCACAGAAUGAUCCUUUUAUCUAUCCUUCAAACGAAUCUCAAAUGCAUCAUUCACCCACACAGCAGACGCAGCAACAAGUAGAAGAACAACAACAGCAACUGCAACAAGACCAUAACUUGUCGGAACAAUUAUUAUUAUUACCAGCAUCUAAUGAGACGAAUUUCGCGACUUCAACACCAUUUAUCAAGCCAUUGUUUAAACACAAUCAGCAUGAAAAGAAGAUUUUGAAUUCAGCGUUUAUUGGUGCACCAAGACUUGCGUUAAGUGUUUCAAUUAAUAAUUAUAACAAUAAUAAUAAUAAUGAUAACAGUAUUGAAUGCACACCUAAUUUGAGUUACUCACCGGUUAACACUUCUUUAGUGAAUACAAGUUUUUCGGUUAAAAGUGGUUAUGGAGACGAUGAUUAUCUUCACGAGGUCGGUGAGGAGGAGAAGGGAAAAAAGAAGAAAGAUGGCGAUGAUGGAUCUAGUACUACACAAACCACAGAAAACGAUCAAUCUAUUCAACCACGGAAACUAAGCUACACCUUUACACAACCGGCAAAACACUCAAACUGUAAUCAAACAAAUAAUAAUCAUAGUUUAAUUGUAUUUCGAUGUCGAAUAUGUCUUGAAGAAGAAGGCGAUGAACCCGAUGGAUUAAUGUCACCAUGUCGUUGUAAAGGUACUGUUGGUUUGGUGCAUAGACGUUGUCUGCAGAAAUGGUUGUUAACCUCAGGUAAACCAAGUUGUGAAUUAUGCGGAUAUGCGUAUAUUAUGACACCGUCGAAAAGACGUCGUUCAUCACAAUUUUCAACAACACUGGCUCACUUGAGACGUUUCAAUCCAGAAUUCAGAAAUCUACGCAACUGGUUAGAUUGGCAACAGACACGCAAGCAUUUAAUCGCUGAUGCUAUAUCACUGAUUCUCCUUCUACCGGCAUGUUAUGUUGGCGUGUAUUUCUGUAUUGUUGGUGUAAUUGAUUAUAAAGCAAUUAAUCCCUAUGGAUGGCAGGUGCUUGGUCUGUGCGGACUUGCAAUUCUCAUUGUCUUGUUAAUGACUAUAUGGAGUUGUUUAGCCGUAAGGCAUCAUGUAGGCAAUUAUCGUAAUUAUCAAGCGUAUCAACAACAGUUGGCGUUAGCUGAAGCCGCUCGACUGUCUGCAUUGCCAAGAUAUCGUUUCUCUGUGCAACCAAGACCACGAGGAUCGUCGGUUGUUAUAUACACAUUGAAUAAAGAUCACCAACAACACUCUUCGCCUAUGUCAAUACGUGAAGGACAAAGGUCAAAUGAAUCAAGUAUUGGACAUUUAGAUCUAAGUCAAUCUUAUACUACUAACUCUGCUGCGAAUAAUAGUAGUAGUAACGAACAAUCUGGAAAUCAAACAUUUCUUGUCUCAGUUGCAUUGACCACUGUACCGGAGGUAGCUGAAGACUGUACAAGUUCACAGAGUAAGACAGCAUUUACGAGUAUUGUUUAA